AUGGAUAUGCAAACUGCGCCCCUGUCCCUGGCACAGGAUCAAGUAGAACAGUUACCUAUGAACCCCUCGGAGGCGCAGGAGAAGGAGGAAGUGGAGGACACGGAGGCACCUGUUCCCCGGGAAUCUGAAUUCGACUCGUCGGAGAAGGAGGAUAUGAAUGAACUAGAAAUGAAGGAGGGCGUGAAGGAAUCGUUCUCGUUGGAGCCCCCCAUUUCCCUAGAACCCCUCUCGCUUAUCCAACGACGAAGUAUUGCCCCUACGCUACGCCUUUCGAUCGUUGACGUCGUGGCUUUGGACCUGGACUUGGCUACCAUCCUGUCCGCUCGUCUCCAGCAAAGUAGUGCGAGUCGUAGGAAUAGUCUAGUCGAUUCUGGGGUUGGUAUUCCGGGGGAGACGAAGGCGGCGCCUCUCACCCCGCACGAGGCGAGCAAGCCCAUGAGCGUGAUCGGCGUCGACGCUGCCAUGACGCUCUUUAAUAGGUUUCGCAAGGAGACCUCCGCUGCGUGCUCCGGUGUUUCCAAUGCUCUCGGUCCGAAGAGAGAAGUUUUGGGAACCAAGAGCAAUACGGAGCGCCAGCCUGGUGGGCGCGGAGAUGGGGAGGAUAGCAUCUUCGAGAUGGUCCAGUCGACUCUGAGGAGGAGAUUUACGAUCACAUCUCAGUCUCAAGCAGGCGCUGGCGUGACGACGUCCAAGGAUACCAAAGGGCAUAGGCGAGUCGAUCUUCCGGUGAGAGGGAAGGAACUGCUACAGCCUCUGCGGAAAACACUGAAGCGUAUCUCCGUGUUUCCUACGAUUAAGUUGACAAUACCUAAGGCACAUCCCUCUGAUCGCAGCUUAGCGGAGACAUGCGCCUGUGCACCGUCGACGCCAUUUUUGCUGAUGACACAGAUGGAUAUGGAGGGUAUCAAUCGUCCCGGGAGGCGGGACGCAGAUACGGAGUCGUAUAUGGUGAUAUCGGAGGACAACGCGGUGCUCGAUGUUCUUCCUAUGUCUAUGAACUCCUCGGACGAACCGCUGGUACCUACGGGGGGAUUGUGCCGAAGGAAGAGUUUGCUGAAAGCGUCUUGCGCUGUGCGCACGUUCCUCACAUUCGGAGGGGGAAAGACGGCAAUGUCGACCACAACCUCGGACCGUUCGUCGUUCUCGGAAGACGAAGACGCAGGAUCUUCGGACGACACGGACACGGACACGGAUAGGGACGCUCCGUCUAUCCAAACGGUGUCUCCUGGGAGGCGUGGCCGAGACCCGCCGUUUCCAAUUCGCCCGAUUAUACCCCGACGAUUAUCUGGGACGGUACCCGCGACGUCUGUGGUGGUACCGCCUCCAUCCUCGGCGACAUACACUUACACUUACAUGCCUCCAAUAUACCCCGUGGCGGAGGAGGAGCUCGAGGAGUCUGACACGGAUUCGAUGUCUGUGUAUUCUGAUGAUAUUUCUGUUUGUGAUUAG